AUGAAACUCCUUGUCAGCGUACUGACCUUAUCCCUGGGCACGCAUGCUCUGGCUUUCGACUUCGCUCUAGCAGCUCCUAUCAAACGCGGCGAGCGUGCGACACCUACAAUAACUAAGACGAUAUAUCAUACGGAAGUGCGAAGACUAUCUACAAGCUUCAAGGACCACCAUGUUAGGAGCGAAAGCUUGGUGUCUGACUCCUCUGCAUCUGUCGCUGAUGUUGUCUUCGAGGCUAUGAACGGGGACACCGCGUCAUCCAUGGCAGCAGCGUUCCUUUGGCCGAGGGGAGCAAGUGGACAGAAGCCUACGAUUUCCCAGCCACCGGUUACUGGCCUACCUGUGAUUUUCAACGCGAGGCAAGUCGGAUUCGUACAUUUCGACGAUGACACCAAACGCGAAGAGGCUCUUCAUUCCGGAGUGACAAUCGUCAAUAGGAGGAUCACAGACCUCUACCAUAUCAAGAUCGAUCUCGCAUCUGAAGGCUACAUUUCAGUCUUCAUGUCCAACAGUACAGCCUCUGCGUUCUGCAAAAGCGAGGUAGAGCUGGACUCGGAGGGUGGGCCAAAAGGAGAACUGCAGCUAGCUGUUCGGAAUUCCACAAAGGUCGUGGGUAUACCUCUUCACCAAGAAGCGGCUGAUAGCUUCUGCCUACAUUUUAAGGACGCGGAGGGUGUCGACAGUCCACCGAGUGGCAAAGCUUCUGGAAGCUUCACGGCAACAGCCUCGGCAUCGGAAGGGAAGACGUCGAAGGUCACACCCAGUGAGACAACGUCGGAGAGUGUGUCGAAGUCAUCCAAGCACGCGUCUACGGUAGUCACCGCUUCGGAGACUGACACUGAUGACUCGGCUUCAGCAACAUCCGCGACCUCGACCGACAAGAACACAUCUUUGAACAACUUCGAUAUUACUCAUGAGAUAGAGACUUCGAAGUCCACAAAACGUGUACCGACAGAAACUACCCCCUCUGAGUCGGGAUCUGCUACCACUGAUGAAGGUACAGAUAUGACCGUGUCUAAGACCUCCAAAGCGGACGACAGCAGCAGUGGAUCUGAGGCAACAAAGUCUUCAAAGCACAAGUCCACGUCUGUAACGGCUUCUGACAGUGACUUGGACACUUCGGAAUCGGCAACCGACGUGUCCAGCAAGCACAAGACCAAAUCUACAGCGAGCGGAGUUGACGAAGAUUCGUCAAAAACGGUCGAAGCUUCAGGUACACCAACGGUGUCAAAGGCUGCGAACGCCGACCCUUCUGACACCGAAGAGAGCGCUUCACAUUCGACCAAGGCAAAUUCAAAGACUCCCGAUGCUAAUAAGACUGAGGAGAUGCCCGAAUCUGCAACAUCGGUCCAGGAGUAUCGAGGUCCAGCUGUAGACCCGGCAAACCCUGCUGACCUAGACACAUCCACCACGCCCAAGGCCACACCCGCCGCUGUUCCUGUCAGCACAACUACGGACGAGCCGUUUACUGAAGCAAGCAUAAACUCGUUUUACUCGUAUAUUAAGAGCUUUGUAGAGACUGCUCCAGAUCUAGUCUCAGUUGCAGGUAGUACUGAUCAGGCUUCGAUAAAGACCACCGACUCUGCGAACGGGGCUUUGCGACGUGGAAUACUAAUAGCGCCAACGCCGGCUUUGAUAGCUGCCAGGGCCGAAACUGAUCGUCAAUCGACGGAUAACAGCAUGACAUAUACUUCUGACUACAGCUGGAAGGGUGCCGUCUCUACUGCUUCAGCUUCCACUACGGCAUCGAGUAAUGCGGCGAUCGGUAGACUGAAACCACCUUCUUUACUCUGGCGCAUGUGGUACCCCGCGACUACCACCAAAAUCAUUCAUUCGAGAAGCUUCAGUGGGCCUGGUGAAGAGCCUGAGCAGGAAGACGAGGGGUUUUUCAAUAUCGAUGUAGAAGAUGAUGGGCCUACCAGGGUCAUUGCUAGUACGAAUGGAGUGGAAGAGGAGACGGCUGUUGCUACGAAGUUUGCGCAUAAGCAGGAGGAUAAAGAUGGCGAUGAUGAAGGUAUUGAUGCGAAGGAUGGAGACGAGGAAGAGGAAGAAGAGCUACUGGCUGAUGGGGAGAGGGUACCUGACGAAGAAGCUGAGACUGAUGAAGGAGCGGCUGGAGAUGACGAGACGCCUACGUCUACGAAGAGCAAGGCGUCGCACACCAAGACUGCGGUAGAUGAGGAAGAUGACAGCACGCCAACCACCGCCACAUCUGCGGACGUUGAGGAGAAGGUCCCAUCCACCAAGACGAAACCUGCAGAUGAGGAUGAUGACGCCGAGCCAACUCAAACUGCAGCCGAUGACGACGAAGAGAAGGCGACAUCCACCAAGACAAAACCGGUAGAAGAUGACGAUGAAACUACACCGACUUUCACUUCAUUCAAAGAUGUCGAGGAAAAGGCAACGUCUUCAAAGACAAAACAUGUACAACCGCCCUCCCCAUACGAACACAACCCAUAA